CGGGCGACCGCCGGGGCGGGGCCUUCCCUCCGUUUCACCUCAGCCACCCCCCGACUGCGGAAGUCGCCGCUCCCGGGCCGCCGCGGCCUCAGGCGGGAGCUGCCGGGCCGCACCGUCGUCGCCUCGGGGUCCAGCCCCCUGACUCCCCCACCCCGCCGCCGCCAUGAAGCUGCGGGUCCGCCUUCAGAAGCGGACCGGGCCGCUGGAGAUUCCCGACGCCGAGCCGACGCUGGGGCAGCUGCGCGCGCAACUGAGCCAGGCCCUGCUGCCCACCUGGGGGUACAGUUCUGAUACCCGGUUUGCAAUUACAUUGAACAACAAGGAUGCCCUCACUGGAGAUGAAGAAACCCUGGCUUCAUAUGGGAUUGUUUCUGGGGACUUGAUAUGUUUGAUUCUUGAAGAUGCCAUUGCAGCACCUAACUUACCUUCAUCCACAGAUUCAGAGCAUUCCUCACUCCAGAAUAAUGAGCAACCCUCUUUGGCUGCCAGCUCCAGUCAGCCCAGCACACAGAAUGAACUACUGAGUGAUUCAUUCCCAGAACAGGCAGCCCAGUCCGAUGUCUGGAAUGAUGACAGUAUGUCAGGGCCUAGUCAAAAUUUUGAAGCUGAGCCAGUUCAAGACCUGGUGGAAGUGGAAGAGGGCCCAGGUGUCUACCCCACAGAACCAAUGCUCUGCAGUGAGUCGGAGGACGGGCGAGUGCCACACUCACUAGAGACCCUGUACCAGUCAGCCGACUGCUCUAAUUCCCACGAUGCCCUGAUAGUGCUGAUACACCUCCUGAUGCUGGAGUCGGGUUACAUACCUCAGGGAACUGAAGCCAAAGCUGUGUCCAUGCCAGAGAACUGGAAGUCGGGGGGCGUGUACAAGCUGCAGUACACGCACCCUCUCUGUGAGGACGGCUGUGCGGCGCUCACCUGCGUGCCUUUGGGGACGCUCGUUGUGGUAAACGCUACACUAAAAAUCAAUAAUGAGAUUAGAAGUGUGAAAAGAUUACAGCUGCUGCCAGAAUCUUUUAUUCGCAAAGAGGAACCAGGGGAAGAUGUAGCCAAGAUAUACAAAGAUCUUCAGAAGCUUUCUCGCCUGUUCAAAGACCAACUGGUAUACCCUCUUCUGGCUUUUACCCGACAAGCUCUGAACCUGCCGGACGUGUUCGGCUUGGUGGUGCUUCCCCUGGAGCUGAAGCUGCGCAUCUUCCGACUCCUGGACGUUCGUUCCGUCCUGUCUUUGUCUGCUGUUUGCCGCGACCUCUUCAUCGCUUCAAACGACCAGCUCCUUUGGAGGUGUUUAUAUCUGCGGGAUUUUCGAGAUGGUACUGCCAGAGUUCGAGACACAGAUUGGAAAGAACUGUACCGUAAGAGGCACAAACAGAGAAAAGAAGCCCAGAGAGGACGGCACGGGAUGUUCCUGCCGCCGUCGCCCCACCCCAUUCCGUUCUACCCCAACCCCCUGCACCCCCGGCCCUUUCCCCCCAGUGCUCUUCUUCCUCCAGGCAUCAUCGGCGGUGAAUACGAUGAAAGAAUACUUCCCUAUGUUGGGGACCCAAUCAACUCACUCAUACCUGGGCCUGGGGGGACACCCGGCCAGUUCCCCCCACUCAGACCACGUUUUGACCCAGUUGGCCCACUUCCUGGACCGAACCCCAUCUUGCCCGGGCGAGGUGGCCCCAAUGACAGAUUUCCCCCAAGACCUGGCAGGGGUCGGCCAAACGACAGCCGCUUACCAUUCAUGUGAUUGACUUGUGAUCUCACUCUGGGGCUUGCUAUGGUUUUGGUUUUUAAAAACUACAGCUGUCAUCUCAUGUGGGUGCUGUUCUCUUGUGUUCCCUAACUGUGUGGCAAGAAACACACUCACAGUAGAUAUAGGGAACGCUCCGGGGGUGGCGUGGCCGGAGAUGUCUGCAGGCCAGGGUUGGCCUUGGUAGCUGGCUACGGACUGCCCGCUCCAGUUCCCUUUGCUCACGGAUAAUGUUCUAUACCAGAUUAAAAGAAUAGUGUAAAUUCA